GGAAUUUUUAUGGUAUCUUGUUUGAACCCAGACUAAAAAUGAGUUACUUUCCUUCUGUGCAAACUUUGCCCGUGGAAGCAAUGGAUACUCCGUAUGAAUUUAGAAGUGUUGCUCAAUGUAAAAUUGUACUCCGUAAAUCAUACUCCAGGAAACAAAAAAAAGUAACCGCUCUGAUUGUUGGAGUAAUUUCUAUCACAGAAUAGAGAGAGACAAAGAAAGUUGGCAUUCAAGGUUCAAGAUUGCUACUAUUCUUACCUCACUGUGUUUCGACUCCAUUAGCUGUGAGUGACUGUGAGUUGACUGACAUUACACAAAAUGUCGACCGCCGCAGCCGUCAGCGUCGUCGGGUCUUUUGACGUCCGGCGACCGUCACCCAGUAUGAGGUCACGGCGGCAGGUGGUAAUGGCCGUCCGAUCUGGUGUCAGCCUUGAAGAAGCUUCGAUCUUGACUAAGCUGGAGCAGGAAUGCGCCACCCCUCUGCCUGUCUUGCGCCGUGUGGCAAAUUCCAUGGCGGCUGAUGUCCGGGCUGGCCUCGCUGUGGAUGGCGGCAGCGAUCUGAAGAUGAUUCUCAGCUAUGUCGAUACAUUGCCAACUGGGAAUGAGAAGGGGAUGUUUUAUGCAUUAGACCUUGGUGGGACUAAUUUCCGAGUGCUAAGAGUACAAUUGGGAGGGAAGGAGGAGCGUGUAGUUGACACUGAAUUUGAACAAUUGUCUAUACCACAAGAGCUGAUGUUUGGUACCUCUGAGGAACUUUUCGAUUUCAUUGCCUCUGCAUUGGCAAAGUUUGCAAAAAAGGAGGGUGGAAAAUUUCAUAUGCCGCCUGGAAGGACGAGGGAAAUAGGAUUUACUUUCUCUUUCCCCGUGAAGCAGACUUCUAUUAACUCCGGCAUUCUAAUCAAAUGGACCAAGGGGUUUGCUGUCUCUGGAACUGUGGGGAAAGAUGUGGUUGCUUGUCUGAAUGAAGCCAUGGAGAGACUAGGAGUAGACAUGCAAGUAUCUGCUUUGGUUAAUGACACAGUGGGAACGCUAGCUGGAGCAAGGUAUUGGGAUGAUGAUGUGUUAGUUGCUGUCAUUCUUGGAACCGGAACAAAUGCUUGCUAUGUUGAGCGCACCGAUUCCAUUCCUAAACUCUCACUUCAGCAGUCUACUUCUUCAUCAUCUGGAUUAAUGAUUGUAAAUACCGAGUGGGGAGCAUUUUCAAAUGGACUUCCCUUGACAGAAUUUGAUCGAGAAAUGGAUGCUGACAGCAUUAAUCCUGGUGAGCAGAUAUUUGAGAAGACAAUUUCGGGUAUGUAUCUUGGAGAGAUUGUCCGACGAGUCAUUCUUAAAAUGGCCAAAAGUGGCUUGUUUGGAAACUCAGUUCCAGAAAAGUUAUUCACCCCAUUUGUUCUCGGGUAAAAUUCUCUUCAUCAACAGACAUUAAGUUGUGACUUGUUAUACAAUCAGGUUGGAGUUCAUUGAGUUGUUGAUAGAGUAAAGAAGCAGGAUGGUCUUAAAUCAGAAUAGCAAAUCUUUAUUCUUUAUUCCGGAAAUGAAAAAAAAGAGAUAACAACGACAAGGUAUACCUAGAAGGCAACCUCCAACAGAGAUAAACCUCUGCCCAACUAUUCUAAAUUAUUGUAAUGACUCCCGAUAUCGUCCUCUCCUAGUCUAGGACCUUAUUUAUAAUAGAUUAUUCUGCAUAAAUAAAGUAAGUGUAUCAAUAUAGAUGUCCCAUCCCUUAAAUUGUGCUACUGUAGCCAUUAAUGAGUAAUCCCACUAAUUGUGCUCUUCUUUAUAUUAUGUCUCCUUAUUGAUUUGCUCUUGAUUUGUUUCUAUAAACCUUUGAUUGCCUUUCCUUUUCCUAGAAUAUACUAUCCAGCCACUUGCACGUGUAUCAUUGCCGCCGUCCAAGGAAACAGUCUUGUCCACAAGGCUGGUGUGGGGAAACUGACCGCGAAAAUCUGCAGCAUCCAUCCAGGUGGCUUCAUCGAAUAUACUAUCCAGCCACUUGCACGUGUAUCAGUUGUCAUGCUCAAGAACAUUAGUUUGUGUAAAACAGGACACCGGAUAUAUGUGCGAUGCAUCAAGACAGUUCCAGAGAUCUUGAAGGCGUUGGAUCCAUCCUCUAUGACUUGGCUGGGGUGAAUUCUGAUGCAAGUGCAAGGAGGACAGUAGUUGGGGUAUGCGAUGCCAUUGCAAAGCGUGGGGGGCGCCUGGCGGGUGCAGGAAUUGUGGGGAUUCUAGAGAAGAUGGAAGAGGAUUGUAAGGGUCGCGUGUUCGGGAAGAGAACUGUGGUAGCCAUGGACGGAGGGUUGUAUGAGAACUAUCCGCAAUAUAGAGGGUAUCUACAAGAAGCCGUGACUGAGCUCCUGGGAGAUGGGAUCUCAAAGAAUGUGGUGAUUGAACAUUCCAAAGAUGGGUCUGGUAUUGGUGCUGCUCUCUUGGCUGCUGCCAACUCCAAGUAUGGCCAGUCACCUCUUUUUUAGAUAUAGUUGGUAUGUAUAGAAAGACUUACCCUGCUUAAUAGGCUGAUGUUAAUUCUUUGAACAAAAAAACUAUAUAUGGACUUCAUUGUAUUGAAAUGUAUUACUUCAAUGAGAUAAAGGAAACUCUUCUUUCCUUGGACCGACUUUUAG